GGACUAUUGAGUAAUUUACCAAUACAUAUAUUUCAACACUAAUAUAAUAAAGUUCAAAAUUCAGAAGUGCCGGAAGCUUUCUCGAUUUUGUUUGUGAAUAAAUACUGUGAGAUCAUUCUUUGAGGAAAUUUCGAUGAAUACGUCUCAGUUCAUGGACAAACAGAUCAUGGAUCUAUCCAAUUCUCACUCCAACAUCAACACUCCCAACACUAAUAAUUCCGAUUUCCUCGAUCUGAUAAACCCUCCCGCCGCCGAUCGCCACCACCACAUCGGCGGCGGCGAAGGUGAUUCCGAUAAGAAAGAAGAGAUCCUUCCCAGCUAUGAUUUCCAGCCGAUUCGUCUCGUUGUUGGAUCCUCCUCCCCGCCUUCAUCUAAGUUGGAUUCAAGUCGUACUGGUGCUUCUCCUAGGGCUUGGAAUUCAGCGGACAAUAACAAAAGUAACGCUGGUGGAAUCAGGAAUUACAGUUCCUUCGAGUCAUACGAACCUUCAAGAUUCACCUUAGAGAAGGAUCAAAGUGGAAUUGACCCAACUUUGGUGUCUGAGAUUGAUCGUACCAUGAAGAAGUAUGCUGAUAACUUGAUGCAUGGGUUGGACAGUGUUAGUGCACGAUUAUCCCAGUUGGAGUCAAGAACCCGCCAUCUUGAAAACUCUUUGGAUGAGCUGAAGGUCUCCGUUGGGACUAACCAUGGAAGUUCUGAUGGGAGAAUGAGACAAUUGGAAAAUAUUCUUAGAGAGGUGCAAGAUGGUGUACAAACUAUAAAGGACAAACAAGAGAUAAUGGAUGCUAGAUUAACACUUUCUAAGCUGCAAGUUUCGAAGGUUGAGCAACAGGCAGAUAUCCCGACCCCUGAACAUGUGGUCUCUUUACAGGUUGGUGUAACUUCAGGUCAACACUCUCAACAACAGCUUCCUCCGGUUCCUCUUACACACCCUCCAUCAGUGCCUCCACCUAAUGCUCCUCCCCCGCCUGCUUCCCAGCAGAAUAUGCCACCCCAUGUUCCACUUCCAGGCCAUUUCCCUCCCAAUCAAGUUCCACCCGAACCUCAGCGGGAGUCUUACUUUGCACCCCCACCACCACCACCACCUGGUCAAACACCCGAAAACCCGGGUCAGCAAUAUCAAAUGCCUCCAGGACAGCAACUCCAGGCUUCUUCUCAACCACAACCACAGCCGCAACAUCAGUAUCAAUCACUUCCUCAGCUUCCAUAUCCUCAGCCGCCUACUCCCCCUCCACCACAUGCCUCUCUCCCUCCAGUUAAUCUGUCGCAACCUCAGCCUUCGAUAACACAUCAUCAUCCCGAAGAGUCACCUUAUGCUCAAUCUCAGAAUUAUCCUCCAAAUGUCCGUCAAACUCCACCGCCGCCUCCUCCACCCAAUGCAGCGCCUCCCCACCAACAGUUCUACGGUGGCCCUAGCAACAUGUAUGAACCACCAGCUAAUAGGCCUGGCCCCGGAUUUCCAGGUUCAUUUGGCCCGUCCGGUGGCUCAACUGAGCAAUAUCCCUAUGGUGGUUCAACCUCCCAAUAUGGUGGUAACUCGCUGGUGAAACCUCAGCAGAUGUCUUCUCCUGCUAUGAGCCAUGGCAGUGGUGGUAGUGCUUAUCCACAGCUCCCUACUGCUCGCAUUCUGCCUCAAGCAGUGCCUACUGCCUCCGCUGUUGGUAGUGGACCUGGUUCUCCGGUUUCUGGAAACAGGGUUCCUAUCGAUGAUGUGGUUGACAAAGUCACAAACAUGGGGUUUUCAAGAGACCAGGUCCGAGCAACAGUCCGGAAAUUGACAGAGAAUGGGCAAGCGGUGGAUCUGAACGUGGUUUUAGAUAAGCUGAUGAAUGAUGGGGAUGUGCAGCCUCCGCGAGGCUGGUUUGGGCGGUAGCUUUAUCUUCUUCUGAUGCCGGGUGCUCAUUAUGUACAGAAGAGUAAUUGAUUUGUAUCCAUGGUCAGCUUUUGCUGAAAACUUAAGCUGUUUGGAUGUUGGUGAUUUUUUCUCUUACUGUUUCAUAAUUUUUGGUUCUGCAUUUGUUAUCUGUUGUUUGCAUUUGCUGCUUAACUUUUUCUUUUCCCCCCUCCCCUUUUCAAAUUUGCCAUUCUGGAACGCAUGAAGCUUUAUUUCAUGUUGGGCAGCUUCUCUGUGCACCCUGUAAAGUACAUACUACAUAGCCUGAGCUUUUCAUUAUUGAGCUGUUUAUAACUUCGGGCAGAUAGCUUUCUGACUUCGUCAUGUAAAUCUGAACUCUAUACUCUUCAGCUGAGUAUAAACCAGAUAGGAUCAAAAUUCCUACUCGAUUAUUGUUAUUUGUUUAAUAAAAGCAGGUGUUGUUGGUUUUGCCAGUUUUUAGUUGUUAGUUUCAAUUUCUAAUAUUAUGAUCCCAUAAUUUUAAGUAUCCCCGUUCCCAUUUUUCAAAUUCUUUUUAGUUUUAAUCGUGUACUAUGUACAAAAAUAGUUAUAUAUUUAUUAAAUGUAAUAUGUUUUGUGUCGAAAUAAUUAUUCAAUUUAGAUUUUUACAUUUAGUUAUAAGUAAAUAUAAUUUUUUGUUCUUUGGAAUUAAAAGAAUUUAGUUUUUCUUUUACUUUCUGUAUUUCUAAGGUGACGGACAAAAGAAGUUAAAACAUUUCUAUAAAUAUGAAACAAAUCUUCAUCCAAGAUGUUAUUAUUUGAUUAUUUUAUAUAUCCACGAUUUCAACAAUGAGACUGUUAAUUAG